AUUUAUGCUCGAACCAGUUAAGUUAUGUGUUGUCGGUCGACGUUGAGCCACGUUCGGACGUUCAGUGGUUAGUUGCAGUUUUUUUUGGUAAAGUAAACUUGGUGAAAAUGAGCUUCCGAGCGAUCGUGUUGAUUUUUGCCACUUUGUGUUUGUGUGAAACGUUAUCUUCUAUCAGUGCUCAAACUGCAUCAACGAUGGUCAACUCGGGACAGCGUCCGGUCGUGCUCGUAACCAACAAGGAAACGCCGGAAAAGGGUAUCAACAAACUAAAGCUAAAGGCUGAUGUAAUCUUCCCGAAAAGCCAUCCUGCCACACGCGAGGAAGUGCUCGAGCUGGCGGGCCAGGUCGAUGGCAUCAUGUGGGUCGGCCAUAUGCCACUGAACGGUGAGGUGCUGGAUCGGGGCGGUUCCCGCCUGAAGGCAAUCUCCACCAUGUCGGCCGGCAUGGAUUACGUGGACGUGGAGGAGUUCCGGAAGCGCAAGUUCCCGCUCGGCUACACCCCGAUCGUGCUGAACGAUGCGGUGGCCGAUUCGGCCAUCGGGCUCAUGAUUGCCGCCGGUCGGCGCUACCACGAGGGCCGGCUGGCCAUCGAUCAGUCGCAGUGGACGGGCGGCCCGCAGUGGCUGCUCGGGCAGGACAUAAAGGGCAGCACGGUGGGCAUCAUCGGGCUGGGCGGCAUCGGGCAAACGAUUGCGAAGCGCCUGAAAGGGUUCGACAUUGGGCAGCUGCUGUACACGGGCCGUCGGCCCAAGCCGGAAGCGGAAGCGCUCGGCGCCAAGCUGGUACCGCAGGACGAGCUGCUGCAGGAGAGCGAUUACGUGUUCAUUACCGUACCGCUCACGAACGAAACGCGCCACAUGAUCAACGAGAGUACGCUGGCCAAAAUGAAACCCACCGCCGUGCUGGUUAAUGUGGCCCGGGGUGAUAUCGUCGAUCAGCGGGCACUGGUGGCGGCACUCAAGAACGGUACGAUCUUUGCGGCCGGAUUGGAUGUGGUGUCGCCGGAACCGCUGCCCGCGGACGAUGAGCUGUUGCGCCUUCCGAAUGCAGUUGUCAUCCCCCACCUGGGCUCGGCCACCGUGCAGACGCGGAACAAUAUGGCGGAAAUUGCUGCAUUGAACGUGCUGGCGGGCAUCGCGGGAACACCCAUGUUCUCCCCCUAUCCGUAUUAAUCAUUCUAUUACAGUGUGUUCUAGCGAAUAGAACAAAAAAGAGCCGGCAUUUGUUUAUUGCCCCCCACGUUUUGCAUUUGACCAACCAACUAAUACUUAAUUAUAGGCAACAACGACUUAGAGCGAAUGUAGCAUUAUUCGGGAACAAAGAUACUAAUCAUGAUACAAAAAAGGCUGAAGUAAAACAUAUUCCUUGAGGCAAGCUUACCAAAAAAAGAAAAAUUUAAUCUUGUGAAACUGUAGUACAACAUUUUAGGUUUGACGGUCAUUGAAGACUGAUUUUUUACUGCAUCACUCUGUGUACACAAUGCAUAGGAAAAGGAGGAUAGGGAACAUCACCUUGUAGCAGCUAGCAUUGCAUUCUUAACACAACGGUCUUUACCACCACCCCAUUAAAGUGCCUUUAAGAGCAAAUGGUAGAAGAAA